GAGCCGCCGUGGCGGCUGAGUGGUGCGCUCUGAAAUGGCCGCUGCUGUGAGCUUUGUAAAAUGGCGGGCGCCGGCUCUGCUGGGGACCGCGGCGCUGCUCUGCAGCCCAGCCGCAGCAGAGACCAUUCUCUUCAUCGCUGAUAGAGAUGAAAGAGAAAGAUAGUGUCGGGUUCUGAGACGGUUUCCUGUGGUUGUUAGCUAAGGCGACCGCCCGGGGACGCGAGAGGAGUUCCGUAGGCGAGGGUGGACUCCCACAGGAAGCCAGCCCCAGCUGUGGCUGGCAGCGCGCACCUGUGACAAGGAGGAGCCGAGGGAUAUAGCUGGCUGGGCAGCCCAUCGAAGUGACCGUUUUAAAAAGCACUUAGGUACUCGAUGGGGUGUCCGUGCCCACUUCCUACCUCAGCCUUUUGAACAGUCUGCACUCCACCCCAGCCCUCCUGCCCCAAGGGUAUUGUUCAGAGCAGGAACCACCCGAGGGAGGGGGUGAAUGGAUGGUGUUACCGGUCAGUUUAGCCAGAAGAGACAAAAGAUGAGGGUUCCCCCCCGGUCCUUUUCAGGGAGUCAAAUAGAAACUUUACUCUUUAGGGAGUCCAGUCUCUUUGUCCUUGAGAGAUUCAGGCGAGCACCUCUGAAAAGGUGGAGAUUAGGCCCUCCUUCCUGAAAACAAAGCGCACCACUCCGUUGUGCCCUUCCCUAGCAGCAAGGGAGAGGGAUUGUAAACUUUUAGGUCACCCAUUGACUCCACGAAGUUCUCUGCAACUAAGGGCCAUUCAGGACUGUGGUAGAACAGUCUGCUCUUUUGCUGCCAAUAAUGAAGGUGUACGGCAUUCUGCUGCCAGUUUGAGACCCUCGACUUUCUGGCAAUAGUAAUCCAUUGUAUAGAUCAUUCAUUUAUCUGUGCACCAUCCAACUCCUGGUCCCAGAUUUUUAGUGCUUGUGAAAUUAAGAUAUUUGGGGACACACAAGCAAUGACUAGGCACUUGGGAUCUGCAGUCGAACUUUCUGGGUAUGUUCUUAGUUCUUCACAGAUGCGUUAACUUAGCAGGGGACUUAAGCUCCCAUUUGUUCAUCCUUAAAGGAUUAUUAAUAAUAGCCCCUAACUCCCAAGUUCGUUUUGAGGAUUAAAUGAGCUCAUCUGUGAGGGAUUUCGCAGUUACUGGCAUAUGGUAAACAAUGAUCACUCAGUGAAUGUUAGUAACCUUAAGGAAUCUUGGUUAUUGAGACAAGAGUGGUUAUAACAAAAAGGCAUAGUUCUUGUAACGUUUCGGUGUAUAAUUCCAUUUUAGAUUACUUAAGAUGCUUAGUUAUAGAGACAUUAAGUUGUGGCUAUACUUGAAAAAGUUAGGUUUAGUUUCUGAGAGUUUUAUGUCUUUCUAUGAGUCAGUGGAUGGGGAAGCAUUUCAAAACAAUGAAAUUACCAGAGUAUUAAAUAGGAUAAAAUAUUAGCACUUUUAUUAUGUUAGACGUCUAUUUCGGUCUAAGAUCUGCCUUUCAGUGAGGAAUCAUUUGCACUGCCCGGCUCUAAAAUAAAUUGUAAAGAAUGGUCAUCUUAGAGGUUUGUAGCUAGUUCUAUUUUUACAGUGUCUAAUUUUAAUUUUUCUCAUUCUAGGCUUUGGUUACUCCCCUUCCACCCUAUCCCUUAAUUUUAUUUUUUUGAAGAGUCUGCAUUUCAAGCUUCCAAGGUGGAGAGUGAUUGCAGAAGAGAGUGCUCCUCAUUUCAGAAAAGGUGUGCCAUACCCGAGAGCACCAGGAAGUCGAAUGAGAGAUCACCUGAUACACGAACGUGUGAUGUUCCAUCUGCGCAUUGAUGCAUAGGCAGCAUUUACAAAUUAACUGAUGUGUUGCUAUAUAUCAUCUCUUUGAUGAUUGCUCAUCUUCUAUGUAUCCUGUCUUAUAAUGUCAACACAUUUGUGAUACUCAAUGUUUAUGCUAAAUUAACCAUGUUUUGUACCACAAAUUCAUUGCCUAUGGAUCUGUUGCUGAAACAAGGAAGCCUUAAACAAGAAGUAGAAUCUUUUUGUUAUCAAAUUGUGUCUGAAUCACAUGAUCAAAAGGUUGGAAUAUUACAAAGUGAAGAUGAGCAGUUGCAGCCUUCAGUUUCUAAAAAUUCAGAAGGUGAGCUUUCCAGGGUUAAAUUUAUGUCCAAUUCCAACAAAAUAACUACUUUUAGUAAGAAACCAAAAAGAAGAAAAUAUGAUGAAAGUUAUUUGUCUUUUGGAUUUACUUACUUUGGAAAUAGAGAUGCACCUCAUGCUCAGUGUGUAUUAUGUAAGAAAAUUUUAUCAAAUAGCUCUUUGGCCCCUAGUAAGCUUCGAAGACAUUUGGAAACUAAACAUGCUGCAUAUAAAGACAAAGACAUAAGUUUUUUCAAACAACAUCUUGAUUCACCUGAAAAUAAUAAACCCCCAACACCUAAAAUUGUCAAUACAGAUAAUGAAAGUGCUACAGAAGCAUCAUACAAUGUAAGUUACCAUAUAGCCCUGAGUGGAGAGGCUCAUACUAUUGGAGAAUUGCUUAUCAAGCCUUGUGCAAAAGAUGUCGUGAUGCGGAUGUUUGACGAACAGUAUAGUAAAAAAAUAGACGCAGUACAGCUAUCAAACAGUACCGUUGCUCGUCGAAUUAAGGAUCUAGCUGCUGACAUUGAAGAGGAACUUGUUUGUAGACUGAAAAUUUGUGAUGGGUUUUCACUGCAACUAGAUGAAUCAGCUGAUGUUUCAGGACUUGCCGUGCUGCUUGUGUUUGUUCGUUACAGGUUUAAUAAGUCUAUUGAGGAAGACCUACUCUUAUGUGAAUCUUUGCAAAGUAAUGCCACUGGUGAAGAAAUUUUCAACUGCAUCAACAGUUUUAUGCAGAAACAUGAAAUUGAAUGGGAAAAAUGUGUUGAUGUUUGUAGUGAUGCUUCUAGGGCAAUGGAUGGGAAAAUUGCUGAGGCUGUCACCUUGAUAAAAUAUGUGGCUCCCGAAAGCACCAGUAGUCACUGCCUAUUAUAUAGACAUGCACUAGCAGUUAAAACAAUGCCUACGUCUCUGAAAAAUGUGCUAGAUCAGGCAGUACAAAUCAUCAAUUAUAUUAAAGCUCGACCACAUCAAUCCAGACUACUAAAAAUUUUAUGUGAAGAAAUGGGUGCCCAGCAUACAGCACUUCUUCUAAAUACAGAGGUAAGGUGGCUUUCCCGAGGUAAAGUUCUUGUGAGACUUUUUGAGCUUCGUCGUGAACUGUUGGUUUUCAUGGAUUCUGCAUUUCGACUGUCUGAUUGUUUAACGAAUUCAUCUUGGCUGCUAAGACUUGCAUAUCUUGCAGAUAUUUUUACUAAAUUAAAUGAGGUUAAUCUGUCAAUGCAAGGAAAAAAUGUGACAGUUUUUACAGUAUUUGAUAAAAUGUCAUCAUUGUUAAGAAAAUUGGAAUUUUGGGCCUCAUCUGUCGAAGAAGAAAACUUUGAUUGUUUCCCUACACUCAGUGACUUUUUGACUGAAAUUAAUUCCACGGUUGAUAAAGAUAUUUGCAGUGCCAUUGUGCAGCACCUAAGGGGUUUGCGUUCUACUCUGUUAAAAUAUUUUCCUGUAACAAAUGACAGUCAUGCUUGGGUUAGAAAUCCAUUUACAGUAACUGUUAAACCAGCCUCUUUAGUGGCACGGGACUAUGAGAGCCUGAUUGAUUUAACAUCUGAUUCUCAAGUGAAACAAAAUUUCAGUGAACUUUCACUAAAUGAUUUUUGGAGUAGCCUAAUUCAGGAGUACCCAAGUGUUGCACGGCGUGCAGUUCGCGUACUUCUUCCUUUUGCUACAAUGCACCUGUGUGAGACAGGCUUUUCAUAUUAUGCUGCCACAAAAACAAAAUACAGGAAAAGACUGGAUGCUGCACCUCAUAUGCGGAUCCGACUUAGCAACAUUACACCUAAUAUUAAGCGAAUAUGUGAUAAAAAGACACAAAAACACUGUUCUCAUUAAAGUUGGAGGGUUAUGCAUGCCUCUGGAUAGCCAAAUAUAAGAUGAAAAUAAAAGAUGAUUUACUUCA